AUGACAGACCCCUUGUUUGCGCCCCAGCUGCGGUCGCAGCCCAUCGAGUACUACUUUUACCCGAACUCACAGGUGCCCGUUUUCUGCCCGACGAUGGAGCAGUUCGAGGACUUUGAAGGACUGGUGGCAGCGAUAGAGCCGUUGGCGCAGCGCGGCGGGGUGUGCAAGAUCAUUCCGCCGCGGGCCUGGCGGGAGCAGCUGGAGAGUAAGCGGUGGCGGGAGGUAUCAGAGGACGGGUUUCCGACGAUGCGCCCAUUGCAGCAGUAUUUUAACGGGAACAGCGGAACGUUCCACCAGUAUAAUGUGGAUUUCCACCGCAAGCUGCGGCUGGCGCAGUUUUUCCAAAAGUCGCAGGAGCAGGACUACCGGACUCCGGUGGUGAAGGUUGAGAGGAAGACACAGACCAUAGUGUAUGGGUCGGAAAGCGUGGGGAUUGCGGUGGACUAUGAGAAUGGCGAGGUGCAGCUGACAGAGGCGGCAGCUGCAGCGCUGCGGGCAGAGAUCCGGUCGGAGUCGGGACGGGCAAAGUACCGGGCGGCGCGGAGCCAAGCUAUGGAGGGCAGUGGACACGGGUUUACAAAAGACGGGCGGGCGCUGUUUGUCAGUGCGCGCGAGUACAUGGAGAAUGAGGAGCUGGAGCGCGUGUACUGGAAGAACCUGACGUUCAACCGGCCAUUGUACGGGGCGGACGUGCUGGGGACGCUGUUUCCGGAGCCUGCGCAGUUUCCGCACUGGAACGUGCGGGCAUUGCCAGGGCUUUUGCGGCGGAUGCGGCAGCGGGUGCCCGGGGUGAACGACCCGUAUCUGUACCUGGGGAUGUGGAAGGCAACGUUUGCGUGGCACGUGGAAGAUAUGGAUCUGUAUUCGAUCAACUACAUUCAUUUCGGAGCGCCCAAGGCGUGGUUUGCGGUGCCGAUUUCGGCGCACGGGCGGUUCGAGACCGCAAUGCAGGGCGUGUUUGCCAGCGAGUACCAAAAAUGCUCGCAGUUUCUUCGUCACAAGGCGUUCCUUCUGUCGCCACGGCUGUUGGCGCAGCAGGGGAUUCCGUGCAACAAGGUGGUGCAGCGGGCGGGCGAAAUCGUGCUGACGUUCCCAAUGGGCUACCAUGCCGGGUUCAACCACGGGUUCAACUGCGCUGAGAGCGUGAAUUUUGCCUUGCCGCGGUGGCUGGAGCUGGCGCGCGUGGCCAAGCACUGCCAGUGUGUCGGGGACUCGGUGACGAUUGACAUCCAGGAGUGGUUCCAGGAGGACGAGGAUGAUCGCAGGCUGAUCGACCGGAUCCGAACGAUUGGCGCAGGGUCUGAGAAGCCGCAGCAGAAACGGCCCAGGGGCCGGCCGCGGAAGCGAAAACCCGCGGAUUGCCACCAGGAGCAGCAGGUUUCCGACAAUAAGCGCGCCAAGAUCUCAGCAGUGGAUCCGGUGCGGCGGCUGGCGUCGCUGAACACUCCGGCAGGCGUGUGCGGCGCAUGCUUGCAGCCGAUCUCCGACGGAGCGCCGGUGGAGUGCCAGCAGUGUGGGCUGACGUUGCACGUGCCGUGCUCGGGGUUGCCAGAGGACGACGGGCGGUACCGGUGCACCAACUGCGUUCUGGACACAGACGAAGUGUCCUGUGCCCUGUGUGCAUACCAGAACGGCCUUUUACUGCCGGUGCGCCAGGGCAGCCAUGCGCAUUUCCUGUGUGCCAACUUUGUCCGCCAGACGUUCUUUGAAAUGCCCGCGGCUGGAGUGGUGACGCGAAGCGCCGCGCGCCAGCAGUCGGCUGUGGUGUGCGGCCUGGAGAACGUCCCUGCGAAUGUCUGGCAGAUGGACUGCGAGUUCUGCAAAGAGCGCGGGCUGCCCGCGUUUGGCGCGGUGGUGAAAUGUGCGCAGAAAAAGUGCCUGAGGGUGUUCCACCCCAUGUGUGCGGCUGUCAAUGACCUGAAGCUGCUGGACUGGAGCACAUGCCGCGUGUUCUGCCGCGCCCACAGGCCCGCGGAGAAACCAUAA